CUGGCGACGGUCUCCAGCAGCUGCGGCUCCGCGCCGGCUCCUGCGCGCCAAUCGUGUGCUGCGGGGCCCGGCCCGGCCCGGCCCGGGGAAGGACCGAAGGGGACCUAACGUGUCCCCACGGCGGCUGCAAGAGAAUCUAAGCAUGGAUGGCAGCCGGAGAGUCAGAGCAACCUCUGUCCUUCCCAGAUACGGUCCACCAUGCCUAUUUAAAGGACACUUGAGCACCAAAAGUAACGCUUUUUGCACUGACUCCUCCUCUCUCAGACUAAGUACUCUCCACCUGGUCAAGAAUCACAUGGCUGUUCACUAUAAUAAAAUCCUUUCAGCCAAAGCUGCAGUAGACUGCUCGGUUCCAUUAAGCAUGAGUGCCAGCAUCAAAUAUUUGUUUUCCCCAUCAGAUGCAGACCAACAACGAAGAGAGAAACUCAAAAAGGAAUUAGCACGAGGUGAAAGGGAUUUGAAAUUAAAUAAAACAGCAAUGCAGGCCAAUUCUAAAAAUAAUUCCAAGUCACUAUUUAACACUCUACAAAAGCCCUCAGGAGAACCACAAGAUGAAGAUGUGUUAAUUGGAGAAGUGAAUGGAUUUCCAUCCUUUACAAGGUCACCAAGGUCACCAGUAACUUCUUCAGAGAGACUACACCUAAAUCUACUUAAAUCUGAUAAAGUCCUCACAAAUGGGACCGAGAAGAACUCCAGUUCCUCCGUGUUCAACAUGGAUUACACUCCCUCUGGGCCCAGGAGAGCAUGCUCUGGAACUUCAUACGGCAAAGGGCCCAAGAGCACAUUCCCAAAUACCCAUCGGUUUCAGUUAGUUAUUUCAAAAGCACCCAGUGGGGACCUUUUGGAUAAACAUUCUGAACUCUUUUCCAACAGACAUUUGCCAUUCACUCCACGCACUUUAAAAACAGAAGCAAAGUCUUUCCUGUCACAUUAUCGAUACUAUACGCCUGCCAAAAGAAAAAAGGAUUUUACAGACCAGCGGAUAGAAGCUGAAACCCAGACUGAAUUAAGCAGCUUUAAAUCUGAUUUUGAGACAGUUGACACCAAGAACUUCACAGACUCAGAAGAGAACACAAAGCAGGCAUCUAAUUGUAUGACAUAUGAUAUCAAAGGAAAAAUAGCUCCUUUACCCUUACAAGGGCAUGACUUACCGUGGGAUGAGAAUAAAGAUGGCACUCUUCAGUGUUCCUCACCAAGGGCAGUACGUCAGUAUUCCCUGCAGCUUCCUCCAGAGAGAAAACUCCACUCUGAUGAAGAAGAACUGUUAUAUCUGAGCUUCAUUGAAGAUGUAACAGAUGAAAUUUUGAAACUUGGUUUAUUUUCAAACAGGUUUUUAGAACGCCUAUUUGAGCGACACAUAAAACAAAAUAAACAUCAUUUGGAAGAGGAAAAAAUGCGCCAUCUGCUGCAUGUCCUGAAGGUGGACUUAGGCUGCACAUCCAGAGAAAACUCAGUAAAGCUGGAUGAUACUGAUAUGCUGAAUUUACUUGAUUUUGAACAGGCUGAGAAUUCAGAAGAAAAUGAAGAUAAAAGUAAACAUGAUACCACAAUUCAGCAGGAACGUCAAGAAUACCAAAAAGCUUUGGAUAUGUUAUUGUCUGUACCAAAGGAUGAAAAUGAGAGACUGUGUUCACCAAAUGAAUUUUUCCUACCCAUCUAUAAAUCAAAGUACUCAGAAGGGGUUAUAAUUCAACAAGUGAAUGAUGAAACAAACCUUGGACCUUCAGUUUGGGAUGACAAAAAUCCGAGUGUCUCUGACAGCUUAACGGACCAAGAGACCUCUGUGAAUGUCAUUGAAGGGGAUAGUGACACUGAAAAGGCAGAGACUUCAAAUGAAUUAUGUUGUCUUAGCACAGAACUCUCCCCGGCUCUUCAGCUUCACAGUGUCCAAGGUGACAACAGUCAUGACAUGGCAGGACCGACUCUUAAAAUCAUGGAAAUGAGCAUUGAGGACUGACCUUUGGAUGUGUGAUCUUCAUUAAUAAAUAUCCCAAAAGGCCAGUAAUUCAA